CCUCCUGCUAAUCUUUUAUUGACACAAGAAACAGAAAGCGAAUGCAAAGUCCUUUCUACUGAAGUCCUAACAUUGACAAUAGAGAAAACUGAGAAAGAGAAAAAAAAGCACAAAAUAAUAAUAACUAUCAACAAUGGACAUUAGACAGUUGAAGGACAACAUCAGGAGCUUCAGCCUGGAAGAUGGAGAUCUGGGGAGUCAGGGAUAUAAGAGGGUCCUUCUACAGCUGUUUGGCUUUACUGGUCAUGGAAAAUCUUCCUUCAUCAACUCCUGUAUGUAUGUCCUGGAAGAAGGUGAGAACUUCAUAGAAUACGCCGAGGCCCGAGAAACACUAGAAGGAUAUACUAUGAUAAGAAAUGCCUAUCCGCUCACCGACCAGAUCACCAUCGUAGACAACAGAGGCUGCAGCAAACUGAACGAUUUUGAAAGAGCUGAAGUGUAUGCCCAGCUGGGAAACUGCAUUCCCAUUGGACAGAAAGUUGAUUGGGAAAAAAAUUACAGCGCUAUGAUGGAGGCCAUAGAAAAUUCUGAGUUGGAACCAAAUUUCACAGACUUCCUCGUCCCCAUCUUUGUGUACAGAGCCACAAAGAUGAUAAAUGAAAUGGAGGAAGUAAAAACCUUUAUGGAAAACUGUGUGAAAAUGACAGGUAUCGUUCCCAUCAUUGUCAUCGCCUUCAAAACCAAAGGAGAUUACCUGGAAGUUGAGAAACAAUUUAGACUCAUGGGAGCGGAGACGGUGAUCGCCAUCGAGAAUUACACAACGGAGAGCAAAAUAAAAACUCUGGGAAGAACCACCGACAUCCUGAUGGUGAUAGACAGCGCCUUGAGGAACGUCAGAUUCCACCUGGAACAGCCGAGAAACCCGAGAAGAGAAAGGAUAGAGAGGAAGAAAUUCAUGUACAACUACAUCCAUCAGAUCCACCUUCAUCAGGAGAGAGAAAAACAUGAGAAAGAAAAAAGUGAAAGAGAAAAAGAGAAAAAAAAACAGGAAGAGGAAAGAAAAGGGAUAUGUACACUAUUGUAACAUUCCAUUGCAUUGGGACUGUUUAACCACUUCAGCCCCGGACCAUUUGGCUGGUCAAAGACCAGGCCACUUUUUGCGAUUCGGUACUG